AUGGCGCAGGGGCAGCGCAAGUUCCAGGCGCGGAAGCCAGCGAAGAGCAAGGCGGCGGCGGCGGCGGCCUCGGCGCGGAACCGGGGCCCGAGGAAGGGCGGUCGCGUUAUCGCACCCAAGAAGGCGCGCAUCGUGCAGCAGCAGCAGCUCAAGAAGAACCUGGAGGUUGGGAUCCGGAAGAAGAUUGAACAUGACGUGGUGAUGAAAGCCAGCACCAGCCUGCCCAAAAAGCUGGCGCUUUUGAAGGCCAGCACCAAGAAGAAGGAGGCCUCUUCCUCCACCAAGAUGCCUGCCUAA